UCGUCGUCGUCAUCAUCGUCGAGCAAGUGUAUGCGCGGUCUCGGAUGCUUCGAGAACGACGACAGCUUCUACCACGUGCUUCAUCGACCAAUCAACGUGCUUCCUGAUGACAGGGAUCGAAUCAGCACGCGGUUCUUGCUGUUCACAAAGCGCAACCCGAACGAGCCGGAGCUUCUCAGCGCCGACGGCAUGAUUGGGCCAGUGGAGGACUCCUUCUUUAACGGCUCGCUCAAGACCAAGGUCAUUGUGCACGGGUUCAUGGAUUCGCAGGAGGUCGGCAAGUGGAUGAAUACAAUGAAGGACGAGUUUCUGAAGCAUGACGACUAUAACGUGAUCGUGGUUGAUUGGAGCCGAGGCAACGGACCACCGUACACAAGGGCAACGGCCAACACGAGGGUGGUUGGGGCCGAACUCGCCUUGCUUAUAUCUACAUUGCAGAAUGCGACGAAUGCAUCUCCAGCGGAUUUCCACAUCAUCGGACACAGCCUUGGAGCACAGAUAGCUGGCUACGCUGGAGAACGCAUCGACAAAAUUGGAAGGAUCACUGGACUCGAUCCGGCUGGACCGUACUUUUUCCACAUGCCACCUGCCGUGCGGCUGGAUCCCACCGACGCAGACUUUGUGGACGUGAUACACUCUGAUGCGAGCCUGCCGUUCAGCUUCAUCGCUAACCUCGGCCUCUUCAACGAAAAAGGCUUUGGAAUUGAUCAGCUGGUUGGUCACGUGGACUUCUACCCGAACAACGGGAACAAGCAGCCUGGAUGCCGCAUGCAGCACAUCAACAGCCUCCUCCUGGAAGGCAUGCUGGAGAGCGUCCGUCGCCUCGCAGCCUGCGACCACCAAAGAUCUGUGGACUACUUCACCGCCACCAUCAAUCGGAGGCUGUGUCUGCCAGUAGGAGUCGCUUGCAGGUCGUGGGAAGAAUUCACUGCUGGCCGCUGUGGAGGCUGUGCCUCCCGUCGGGGCCGAUGUGCCGUCAUGGGCUUUCUCGCUGACAAGGCACGCCGACUACCUCGGAGGAGAAGCAGUGAGCGCGCCCAAGGAAACUCUCUCAAGCUUUACCUGAAAACAAAUCCUGAGCCGCCAUAUUGCCUGUUUCAGUACCAAAUAAUCGUCAAGACCACAAAGUCUGUGCCACUAUGGGAUCUCUUUGGCGACGUCCAGUUGACGCUGCCAGGUGUGGACCAGAAUAUUGCCAUCAGGAUGCACAAAAGUCCAUACAGCAAGAAGCCCGGCGUGAAAUACACCUCUCUGCUAACGACAAAGAAGAGACUGUUUGACGUGCAAAAUGUCACAUUCCACUGGAACACACUCGCUGGUCGACGAGGAGACAGCGAAAGAACGGGACCUGUGCCCCGAAUCCUCUACUUCAAGAUUAGGCCGCUAGAUAUGCACGUGCUCUCGAAAAGGACGAGACGCACCGAGACGUGGAAGUUUUGCAGGGGAGGACGCAAAGGAAUGCCGCUUGUCCCAGGGGACCUGGUUCUUCAACCUCACGACGAAUGCAUAGGCGACGACGAUGAAAUGGAACUCUGAGAUUCCCACGACUCACAACGAAACUACGCACACGCACUGAAUUCAAAGAAUUUCCACAUCACCCACCAGAAACUACAAACGUUCAGGGACUUUCUCAGAACAAUCUUGGGACAUUAUCUUCGA